AUGCGCGGGGCAUUAAGCCACAGACACACCGAAGACAUCUCUUUUCACUCGACAAUGGCCUCACUGUUUGAACAGUACGAACAGUUCGCAUCCCUGUCCUCACGAGGUCUGGCACUGGACUCCGACAGAAAUCAGGACAACUCCAUCAUCAAUAUGUGCAGUGAUAGCGAAGAACCCAUUUUUAGCAAACAUAAGCUCGACUUCUCACCCGUCGAUAAGAUCACACAUUUGGCGGUCAGUAAUAAUCAUGUGGUGAUGGCUCUGAAGAAUAGGACAAUCUUGAGAAUGGAUCUCAUGCACGGACACCAAACUAAUGAUAUCGAUUUGACGCCAUUUAUCUCAGAUAAGAGCCAUUCUUCGCGAGUGAAUAACCUCUUUGUGGACCCGACGGGCAAACACUGUAUCAUAAGUGUGACGAACAGCGAGACUCAGGUGUCGGCAGAAAAU